AUGGCACCUUUGUCACCCAGAGCAGCUGCUGCUCGGAAUGGAACCUUUCGGUACCAAAUCCAGGACCACUACACCGACCCGCUCUUUGACGAGACCAAGGUCUGCACCCCUGGCUCGGCCACGCAGACGCCCCACGUUAAAAUUGCCAUAUCCGCCUUCUUCGACAUCUCGACGUCGGCACAGCUCAAGGCGAUUUGCAGACUGUCUGGUAUGACCAGGUCCAUGCGUGCGUAG